UGUGGUGCUGCACAUGCAAAUGUUGCGGCUCCGUGGAGGCUGCAAUGCAAUCGACACCGCCGCCGACGAAGAUAAUGAUGGAUAGGUGGAUGAGAGGGAACUCCAUAAGUACGCCACAUGCGGCCAUGGUGCACUGAACCUGAAUACCGCAUCCAUAUAAAAGCACCAUCGAUACCAGCCGGCCCACACAGUAUUGAAAGCGAACGCGCGCCAAUCGGUGGUCGGAGUCGACAAACUAAAGGAUUAAUUAAAGGACCUGAUUAUCCAGCAUCAACAGGAACAUUAACAACAUCUACAUCAACAAAAUGACUACAAUGUCAUUAUCGGUGGCUGGUAAAGUCCUUGCCAUAAUGCUCCUGCUGAUAGCGACGGGAAUUCAGGCGCGGCGCCUGGGCCACCGGCGCCUCAUCAUCCACGUGCCGGUCAAGGUGAAGACUCACCAUCACACCCACACCGUUUACAAGGUGCUCCACGGAUCGCAUGGCGGCGGUGGAGGAGGAGGUGUGAAGCAAACGGUGUACAAAGUGCUUGGCUUCUCCACACACGGAGGUGGCAUAGCCAAGGGAGGAGGAGGAGGUGGAGGCGGAGGUGGCCAUGGAGGAAUCGGCGGCCACGGAAGCUACGAUUUGGGCGGAAUGGGCCAUGGCGAAAUCACGUACGAGGACAUGCACGGAUGCGAGAGCGGCAAGGUAAUACCGGCGGCCAGGGACAUGAUUUUCAAUCACUACUCGCGACACGGCGAGGAAGGUGGCACUGCCGAGGAUUAUACCGAGGAGUUAGACGACUUUGUAGACCUAAGGGAUGGCUGGUUGUGAAUAAAGAGACGUGUGCGAAAUCCCCACCGAUUAAUUAUAAAAUUCCAGGCAACAUUGAUCCCCUCUCCACGUUUACACUACGCAAUUGUUGACGAAGCCCAAGUCUCGACACCGCCAAAAUUCCAAUAGCCUGGAAUUUGUGUCUUUGUCUUUGGCUACCAAUUCGUAUUUGUAUUGUUUAAUUAGAAAGCAGUGGGGUGGGCGCAAAAAGAGGGUGCUAUUUGGUGGGGUCCAGAGGAAAAGACUUGAACAUCUUGGCUGCAGUCGCGCACUUGAGGAAAACUUGAAGUAUUUGCAUAGCUCUCGACUCGGGCAUGCGGCAUAUUUUAGUGGACAAUUAAAAGAAACAAGAAACGGCUGAAAGAAGUAAA